UGGGUUGGUGUUUCCCGUUAAUUGUUUCAGUUGAUUGCCUUCUGUUCUGUUCCUUUUAUUUCUAUAGGUCUGUUAUUUUUCUGUGGGUAUCUGAUAUUGUUUGAUGAUUUGGUCUUUCGUUUUUUUGCGUUUUCUUUUUAUAACUCUCUUCUCUGUAUAUAACUUUUUAUAUACAGAGAAGAGAGUUCAACCGAGAAAAAUGAUGGAGCAAUCUUCUUCUUACUUCCUAACACAGUAAUCUUCUUAAAGGCUGAUGAGGUGGCCUGCUCCCACUCCUGAGUCCGAGUUUCCACAAGCCGUCUUCCUUUAUUGAUUGUGAUGCAAGGAUUUAGGAACUUGGUUUGUCAUCUGUAAGGAUGCAGAAGGUGAUUUUGAGUUUCAAAUAUCAGGUUUUGUUUUUGUGCUUACCAUUUGUUGUGUUCAUAUACUUCCAUGUCUGUAGCCUUGCUGCAUGUUGAAUUUUUGAGGUGCCACACACAUCGCUCUUUUCUUGCUCUCUCUCUAUUUUUUUUAAGAAUGAUGGAACUUCCUCUCCAUGUUUAUCUAUCCUCUCUUAAGGAUGAACAUGAAAACGACAGUCACCCUGUGUUCACUAUGAAAACAACCCUCCUCUGCAAUAGGUUUGAGAUUCUACAGUGUGUUUUAAUUCUAAGCAAUAAUGAAUUAUGAUUUCUGAUCGGGUUGGGAAUCAUUUUUUUUAAGUUCAUCACGAUAGCUUCUGCGAAUUCGUUUAUGUAGUGAGUUUGCAUAUUUAUUUUUGGCAGAAAUAAUCAGGCUCCGACUGAUUGUUCUUCAUCAUCAUUGAGCCUAUGAAAGCUUGCUGCUCUUGGAUCGUAAUUGGAAGCUGCAUUUUUCAGUAGGUGUCCAGGCGAAUUUGUGUUCUGUUGUUUCUGGAAGGGAAGUUCUAAAUUCUGUGGAUUUUGUGGCAUUCCUAAUGGACAAUAAAUCAGUUGUGUCGCAGCAACCCCGCCGACAAAGGCCAUCCGGAAGAAUGCGGUUUUUUGAACAACAUCUUUUUGAUGGAAGUAAUGGUGUAGUGCCAAUUGAGGCCUCAACAGUUGCUCCAAAUCUUCUUAAUGAUGCCGUAGAUAUGACAGAUGCAACAUCCCAACAUGCAUCUGGGAACAUAGAGCUAUCUGAAGGGACAAUAGUUAAUGAGAAUGGUUUCAAUUAUGAUACAUCACGUGGAUCUGAAAGAAUGAAGUAUUUUCAAGAACAUCUUUUCCAAGAAGGUGAUCAUGCUACGACUUUUCCUGGGGAAGUAUGUACAAGAACACGCAGUCAAAAGAGAAAAUUUGAAAGAGGAGAAGCGAGCUGUGCUAAUCAAAGAAAUGUUCUUGGACAAGAACCAAAUGAUGAAGUUAUGGCUGUGAUUAUUGAGGACAAUGCAGUUAAUGAUGGAAGCAGUCAUAUGAAUUCAAGCGGACAGGCAUUUUACAAAAAAAAACGAGGAGAUGUGCUUACCGACUAUAACGAUAGUGGUGAUGAUGGAUAUAAAUGUGUUCACUGUGAUGCAAACUUUUGGUUGGGAGAGGCAAAUAAACGGAAAUCUAGAAGAGCACCCAUUGUUUAUACAGAAUGUUGUCAGAAAGGACGAGUCAAACUUGAAAAAUCAAAACCAACUCCUGAUUUACUUGAGCAAUAUUUAAAUCCUGACAAUGGUCGAGAUAGUGUACGUUUUCGACAAAAUAUACGUUUGUACAAUUCCAUGUUUGCGUAUACAUCGAUGGGUGCAAAAAUUGAUUAUGGUAUAAACAAUGGAUGUGCACCUUAUGUGUUUAAAAUUUGUGGACAAGUUCAUCAUUUGAUAGGAUCAAUGCUGCCACAAUGUGGUGAGGCUCCAAAAUAUGCACAAUUAUAUAUUUAUGAUACGUGUAAUGAAGUUUCAAAUCGUAUGAAUGCUAUUGAUCCUUCUCAUACUUCUAAAAUAGAACUAAAUAUUGUUGUUGCGCUUAUUGAAAUGUUUGAUCGCUUAAGUGAAUUGACUAAAACAUAUCGUGCUAUUAGGGAUAGAUUUCAAUCUGAUUCUUUACCUUCGUUAAAUAUGACUAUACUUGCUCCUCAAUCACGUGAUAAUAAGCAAUAUGAGCGUCCAACUAAUGAUGAGAUAGGGGGUUUAGUUGUUGGUGAUAUUGGUGAAUUUGAUUCAAACAAGGAUAUAAUUGUUCAAUCUACAGAUGGUAAUUUGCGUCGUAUUUCUAAAAUACAUCCAAAAUAUAUGUCGUUACAAUAUCCAAUAUUGUAUCCAUACGGUGAAGAUGGCUUUGAUAUAAAUCUAUUAUUGGAGCCAGUAGUAGGUAAAGAAGAUAAAGAACCAGACAAGAUGUCAAUGCGAAGUUUCAUCACAUAUUAUCUUCAUGAUAGAAAUAAUAGUAUGAACACUGUAUUGAAAGGGGGAAGACUGUUUCAACAAUUUUUAGUUGAUGCUUAUGCUACUGUUGAUGAAAAUCGUUUGGAUUAUAUAAGACAAAAUCAAGAUAAAUUUCGUAUUGCAAAAUGUGAUGAGAUUUAUACUAAUAUCUCAUUUGGAGUAGAAAAUAGUAGUGAUAUUGGACGAGUUAUUCUUCCAAGUUCUCAUACGGGUUGUCCAAGAGAUAUGAAAUUGUUAGAUAUUUUAAUAAGCAUUCGGGAUAUAAACAAGAAGAUAGACCUGAUAUAG